AUGUCUUCAGCCACGUCUGCGUCCCUCGCGGACGCCCCGUCCGCCCUCCGACAACGGCGCAGUGAGCACAAGACCCCUCCCAGCACCGUUACGGUUCCCGCAGACAGCAAGGACGAUAUGGCGAAACACGACGAGGUCGUCUGGGGGAAAACGCCAGGUGGCGAAGUCUUCCGCGUCCCGACGACCCACGACGUCCUGACGCUCUUCCAUCCCGGGUACCCGAAGUCACACAUCGACCUCUUCAACCUCGCCCUGCUCGGCACGCAGAUCUUCCUGUUCUACACGCUAUCGCGAUCCGCAUCCCGCAUCUUCUUCCUCUUCUACUUUGCGUUCUGGCGCGCCGCGUACGAUGUCGGCCUCGGAUGGGUCCUCACGAAGCAGAGCAAGCGCAAGUGGAUCGUCCGCGAGGUCCAACGCCUCGGCUGGCUUGAUGGGGAACGCCUCCCCGAGGUCCGGCGGUGGAUCAAGAACCAGCUCGCAGGCAAGAUGGGCGGAGACUACUCGUUCGAUGAAUUGCCUUUAGAGUACAACACAUGGCUGCUCUUCCGCCAGCUCGUGGACAUCAUCCUCCUUAAUGAUUUCCUGGCCUACUGUAUGUUUGCCUUCUCGUGCUUCCGGGUUCCGGAAGGCCUGUCAGGCACGCUUCACAUCAUGAGGUGGAUCGGGGGCUUUGCGCUCAUCGCGUUCAACCUCUGGGUCAAGACUGAGGCGCACGACGUCGUCAAGGACUACGGCUGGUACUGGGGUGACGUCUUCUUCCAGCGCGGUGCGCUCGUCUUCGACGGCGUGUUUGAGCUGGCCCCACAUCCCAUGUACUCUGUUGGAUAUGCCGGCUACUAUGGACUUUCCCUCAUCGUCGGAAGCUACGCUCUCCUCUUUGUCAGCCUUGCCGCUCAUGCCGCUCAGUUCGGCUUCCUGGUCUUCUUCGAAAACCCGCACAUUGAGCGCACCUACGGCCAGCGCAAACCACUUGCGGCCAGGUCCCCCGUCUUACCUCGCGGAGGCCGCAUUUCAUCCUCGGACGGUUCCGAAACGGCACACAGCAGGCACGCAUCCACCUCCUCCCUUGCAUCUACAACGACGACCCCGGCGGCCACGGAGGGCGAGACGGCCACGGAGUCUGAUGCGCUUGCGACAGAGACGGACGCUGAGACGGAGCUUGAUCUCGAUGAGCAGCCCGCACCGCGUCAGCACAAGCGCACGAGCCCCCGUUCGCAACUGGUCACGCUCCCAUCCGAGGAUAGGCACUCGCAGAAGGGUCGCAAAGCGGUGUCCCAGCACGACCUUUUCCACCAGUACUUCCACAAGGACACGCUUUUGCUGCGCAAUCUUGAUCCUCUCCGCGCAUCGGACUUCUCACUCAUCGUUGUGCUUGGUUAUGCGGUAGCACUGACUAUGCUCCCGACGGAGUCGCUGACGGUGCACUUCGUGCACACGCUCUUUUGGUGCGCGUUCCACUGCGUCGGACUCGGGCUCGUCCUCCGCGCGCAGUCACAAAACAAGUUCCUCGUCCGGCACUACCUCAAGCACUACCAUUACCCCCAGAACGACCAUGGACAGGCAGCAGUCCAUGAAGUUUUCCAAAACUGGAAGCAGGUGUACAACACGAGCAUGUGCUUGAUGUAUGUUUCUGUCGCGUGCCUCGCGUGGAAGACAUACACGCUCCCGCAACAGUGGACCGUUGGUGACGAGCUUCUCCGCCACACCCUCGGCGCUCUCAUGAUCGGACUCCAUGUCUGGUCGAGCCUGGAGUCCUACGAGGUCCUUGGCUACUUCGGUUGGUUCUUUGGAGACUUCUUCAUCGAAGACUUCCCUUCGCAUCUCGAGUACACUGGCAUCUACCGCUACCUCAACAACCCUGAGCUCAUCAGCGGCGCGACCUUCUUUGGGCUCGCGUUGAUCACUGGUAGCAAGCUCAUUUUUGCCAACGCCGUUCUCCGUCAUCUGUUCCAGUGGUGGUUCCUCGCCAAGGUCGAGAACCCACAUAUGCGCAAACUCUAUGGCGACUCCAUCCGUAGCGAUGCCGGUUUCGUCAAGGUCCUCAAGAAGGUUGCCGAGAAGAACGUCAAGGUCCUCGAGUCCCGUGCUGGCAAGCAUGCCCCUGAGAUCCGCCGUGUCGCUCGUGAGGUCAAGGGAACCUUCGACAAGGUCUACGAGGAAACUGCCGAAGCCGUGGAGGACUUCCUUGCGAAAUCUCGUCCCAAGAUCUCUGGGGUCAUGCAAGACACCAAGGUCCUCCUCCAGCAGUCCCGCGAGCGCCUCAUCAUCCGCCGCGUCGCCCACGACCUCUCCUCCUACGACGCGAACAAGUACAACAUCUCGAUUGUCCCCUCCGCCGCGGGCUCCCUCCGCUUCCACCUCGGCGAGCCGAUCCGCGUUCGCUGGCGCGCACCCCUCCACCACUCGCGCAAGGAUUGGGUAGGGCUCUACCGCGUCGGCGCGAACCCGUCCGCACUUGUCACCCGCACGUCCUCGCUCGGAAUGUGGGUGCCCGUGCACGACGACGAGUGGGACGGAGACAUCCCGCGCGAGCUCCACCGCCCCGCAUGCACCGCGUCCGGCGACGAGGCCGCAGAGGAGGGCGAGAUCGUCUUCCGCGCAGGCGUCCUCCCCUGGAAGACGGGCCGGUACGAAGUCCGGUACCACCACGACGGCAAGUACAACGUCAUGGGCGUCGACGGCCCGCUCGAAGUCGUCGUGGACAAGCCCACAGAGCUCACCUUUGACGGCGUCCGCCAGAGCCUGAUGCACAUUGUGCCCCUCUGCCUCGAUAACGACCCCUCGCUCGUCCCGCAGUCCUGCAAGCCUCUCGUAAGAGCGGAAGGAGCGGCAGCGGUCGAGGCGGAUGCGGAUGCGGAGGACGGCCGGGACUCGGACGAUUUCCGGUUCUGGAGCGAGCGGCAGGCGAAGCGGAUCUCGCUCGCGAUCGAGCAGGCGUUUGACGUCGAGCUCACGCCCGAUGUCGUCCUCGCGGACGCGAACAUCAGCGCGCUUGCGAACCGGGUGCUCGUCGCGAAGGAGCUGCUCACCGAGUGA